AUGGACUCAGACGCUACGAAAGUCAACCUCUGUAACUAUAUCCGCAUACGCCUCGAUGAAGCUAAGAGUAGUCUGCCGUCAAACCAGAAGUAUGGCUGCACAGUCGAAGCGAUUACUGUGAUCCUCUAUUUAUUGGAUGUGGUCGUCGCUGUAGCAGACUGGUGCAUGACAGAUGAUGCCAGAGAAGCCGCAGGGAAGGAGGAUAUGAGUAGAUUACUUGCAAAGAACAGGCUCUCAGACACUUCUGAUGUGGCCCGCCUAACGAAAAACCAGGCGCUUUUGAGAGAGAGUCGUGACCAAAUCAAGAACUUCUCGCGGGAUCUCCGGGCCAAAGUGGAAGCCAAGAUCACGGAAAUCAACGAAGUCGGCUAG